AUGAUUCUUCGUUCUUCCUUUUUAUCCAUUUUCCAUUACUGUGCAGUUCAUUGGUGUACAUAUAGGCACGGACCACUACAGUCAUUAACUCCGGUGUUGAUUCUAUUUUGGUGUUAUAGUUCAACACCUUAUAUGUGUGAUUUUACAGCACACUCGUAAAUUUUACACUGUAUAUUUGGUGUUUGUUCAAUCUCGAGAGUGUAAUUUCAACAUCAGGAUGUGGUCCUCUAGUAGUCAGUUUUAACACCCCACAGUGACUUCAUGCACCUUAACUAUAGGCACCGUCUUUCAAAUCACUAUUUUUAUGUCAAGCAAUCGAUCUCCCGUAAUUUAGUGAUCGAACUUUUAAGAGGACAACAUGGCUUAUUUCGAAACAUCCACACUGAUGCUAUCUGAUGAGGGAUUUUUUUCUAAAGACGUUGUCAUGGUAACGGAGACGGAUAACUGGACGACCACCGGUCAAUACCUUCCUCCAUCACCACCUUCUUACAUCGCAGCCUUGAAAAAAGCAAAUAAGUAUACUCUGAUCACAAUCCUUAUCUUCCUCAUGCUAGCCAUGGGUUGCGUGGUCAAACCUAGCGAUUUUAAAGAAGUGUUACGCGUACCGAAGAGUGUACUGAUCGGGAUGUUAUGCCAGUUCGUCUUGAUGCCACUGUCUGCUUUCUGCCUAGCUCUCGCCCUGUCCUUACCGGCGCCCAUGGCGUUAGGGGUACUCGUCAUGUCAUGCUGCCCUGGAGGAACCGUCUCUAACCUCUUCACCUUCUGGACAAAGGGAGACGUAUGUCUCAGCAUCACCAUGACGACCAUCUCGACCGUAGCCGCCAUUGGGCUCAUGCCUCUGAACCUGUUCAUCUACAGUCGAAGAUGGACCGAUGACAAUGCCGUCAUCCCAUUCGUCAGCAUCAUCACAGCUCUGGUGUCCAUCGUAAUCCCAGUAACGAUUGGGAUGUUCAUUCGAUGGAAGAGAAUAGAGUGGACAUGGUUCAUUUCAAAGGUUGGGAGCAUCCUAGGCCUUCUGGGAAUAGCCACAAGCAUCAUCCUCACGGCAAUCAUCAACCCCGGGAUGUACUCCGUCUCCUGGCAAGUUUGGAUCUGCGUCCUCACCCUCCCUGCCUUGGGCGCCGCCCUCGGUUAUCUCCUCUCCUGGGCCCUACGCCGCCCGCCCGCACACUGCCGUACCAUCGCUUACGAGACGGGUCUCCAGAACGUCUCCCUGGCCCUGACCCUGAUCGUCCUGACGUUCGAAGGUUCACCCAUCAUGUUUCAGGUCUUCACCUACCCGUCCCUCUACGGUCCCGUCAUGAUGGUAGAAGGACUCAUCGGGGUCGCGGUCUACAAGAUCGUGGUGAGACGUACCGGCAGCCAUGAAGGCGGACCCGUCGCCGACAAUGGUUGGAUGAAGAAGGACAUCAACUCCGAAGACGCUUGCUCUGCCCUCGAUUCCAAAAUCUAAUGCUAUGGUCACAACCAACGAAACCGACUCCAAACCAAUCCGAUGAUAUUGACCUGUUGACCUAUGCUUAUCGUAGAAAGUAACAUUAUAUUCGUCCUAUGGGUUACAGCCCGAUAGACCGCGGGUCCGAUAGUCCGCGGGUCCGAUAGACCGCGGGUCCGAUUGAACGCGGGUCCGAUAGACCGCGGGUCCGAUAGUCCGCGGGUCCGAUAGUCCGCGGUGUGUGUAAAAUUAUGAUCAGGAUAUAGUGAGAUCCAAUGUCAUCAAGAGGUCAAAGGUCAAUGAUACGAGACCAUGGGGUUCUAUAACGAUGACCCAAAGGCCAAUCGCCCCCUGACAACUACUUCAAGGAAAAUAUUAUCCCCAUAUUUUUAUCGUCGGGGACUGUUACCCCCCCCCCCCGGAAAUUUACCCUCUAGACGCCAAUUACCCCUAGUACGGAGCCUUUCAAAUGCCAUUGACUUGAUGACAUGGCGAGAUAUUUUAUCUUGCCAUGUCGACUAAAUAAGCUUAUUAUGUCCGCAUGGCGAGAUACGUUAUUCUGCCAAGUCCACAUAUAAAAAGUUAUACGUCAACAUGGUGAGAUAUUUUAUCUUGCCAAGUCGACUUGUAACAAGUUAUAUGUCAACAUGGCGAUAUAUCGGGAUUCUCGCCGGGACUUGUACACUUCAUAUCUCGCCAUGUCGACAUAUCGACUUGACAAGAUAGAAUAUAUCGCCAUGUCGAAAUAAUAAGCUUAUUGAUUAUACAUGGCAAGAUAAAGCAUCACGCCAUGUCGUCACGUCGAUGGCAUUUUAAAGGCUCCGUACUAAGGGUAAUUGUCUGGAGGGUAAAUUUCCGGGGGUAACUGUAGUAACAGUCCCCGGCGGUAAAAAUAUGGGGAUCGUAUUUUCCUUGAAGUAGUUGUCAGGGGAUGAUUGCCCUAAUUGGUCUCACUAUACAGGCAAUUAAAAAACGA